UCUUCCUGUCUUGAGGACACUUUAAAGCCCCGACCCUCAAAUGUACUUCGACAGCUUUCUUCAAAUCGGCGCAAAAUAAGUUUGCCUCAGGGUCUGGGCGUUUACUUGCCAGUCAAUCGGUCGUCAACUGCCGCUUCUAAGCCUGCUCAAAUUUCCUCGUGUGACUAUGUUACUAGUGCUGCUAAUACGGUUGCUGAGAAAGCUGGUCUCUGUUCAACCAGCCCCGAAAAAGGCGAUUUUAGCUUUACUGGCUAUACCACCAGGAACAACGCCAGUAUCGUUGAUAGGGGCCUCGAUGACCUGCCUGUAUGCACAACCAGUGGUCCCCUUCCUUUCGGCAGGAAUAGUAUUACAGAAAGGCACUCACAGGCGCCACAACAACAAUUCCGGCGUCUGCCGGAGGCACAAGCACAAGCAUAUUUUUUACAGGUGAAACCAAUUAUUUUUCCAUCUUCAUGCAUAUCAAAAAAAAUUUUUAAUGUUGCAGUUCGAUAA